AUGGCUGCAUUAUUCGGAUCGCCUAGCGGCAUAAGUAAUGAUGCCAAUGAGCGCUUGGAGCGAGGGAAACCGGACGACAAAGUGAGAAAUGGAAAAGACGAAAAGGAAACAGACGACACGACGCGGGAAAGGAACAAGAGAUGGGAAAUGGCUUUUGCAGCCCGGAUGAGGGAGAUUGUCCCUGGCCUUUUCCUUGGUAACGUCGAGGCCUCGUACAAGCAAGACAUGCUUCGAGAGAAUCGUAUCAACGCCAUAGUCUCCCUUACCGACGCUCGAUGGGUGUGGUGGAAUAACGUUACUAGAGAAGCUGGGAUCCCAGAAUAUCGUCACAAAUGGGUCCAAUGCGCCGAUUCGUCAACCCAGGACCUUCUGGAACAUAUGAGCGACAUCUGUGACUUUAUUGACCAGAUGGCUUCUCCAGCCUUACGAUCAUCAUCUACUUUACCAGUGGAACAUGAGCACGAAUCGAGUGACAAGCCGCGCGAUACACCUUCAGAGGCUGUCUUGGUCCACUGUGAUCUGGGGAUAUCACGUUCCCCAACCGUCAUCAUUGCAUAUCUCAUGCGCAAGUACGGCCUGAAGCUAGAGGAUGUUCUUACAUUUGUUCAAUCCAAGCAGAAAGUCAACCCAAGUGCCAAUUUUACCCGGCAACUUGAAGUCUGGGAGCAGACGGGAUAUGAAGUGUGGGAGGACGAGGAGAAAACAGUCCCGAAGGCGCCGUAUCGAGCAUUUCUGGAAGACCGAGCAGCUCUUCUGAAAAGAAAGGGGCUCACAGGCAAUGAGCCUCUCGCGUCCCUGAACCUUUAG